AUCCAUAGGAUUUGGGAUGGUCAAGUAAGGCAAUUGAUUCGAGUACCUUCACGAACAUGCGUGAGCUUCCAAGUAAGAAAAAUCCCCAUCUGAUUUACAAACCCUAAUUUUGCUCAUUUCAUCAACUUCUUCACCAUUGACACUCAAAACUGAAUCUUUGCAUUUCCCCAUUGCUCAAGUUUCUCAAUUUCCCUAUCAGGUUUUCCUCUCUCGCAGAUUUGUAUUGAAUUGCUUCUCAAAGAUACCAAAUUUCUAGAUUGCUCCCUUUUGUUCGUUGGAUAUUGUUCUGUUUUGAUUUAUAUCGUUUUGUUCUCGAUCUGGGUGUCUUUGAGUUGCUUGAUUCCGAGAUAGGGCUUGGAUGAAGAAAUCGUGGAAUUGGGGGAAAUUGUUUGAUCUGAAUACACUGUAAGGAGUUACUUAAUGACUAGUGCCAAAUUGUUCUUCAUUUUUUUUAUUCUGAUGGAAUAAUUUAUAGUCUGUAUAUGAGCAGUAUUGAUUUAGGCAUUGUGUAAAAAAGGAAGUUUUGAAGGGCAAUUUUCAGAUGGGGAGGCCUUUAUUUUAUGAGAUUCUUGAAAAACCAGCCACAAGUGGGAUUAUAGGGAUUUGCUGUGCUAUAUGGUUUUACAUCCAGAAGAAAAACAUUGGAUAUUCACAUGUGGGGUUGAGUUAUGAAACUGCCAUGGAAGGCCACCAUUGGAGGAUAAUAACUUCAGCCUUUUCCCAUAUUAGUGUUAUUCAUUUGGUUUUUAACAUGAGUGCUCUUUGGAGUCUUGGGGCUGUAGAACAGCUGGGGCAUAUUGGCUUGGGUGUUCCUUAUUAUCUCCACUACACUCUUGUUUUGGUCAUACUCUCUGGUGUGCUAGUUUUAGGAAUGUACCAUCUCUUGAUUCAAAAGUUUAAGCUCGAAUACUUUCGACGAGUUACCGCUGUUGGAUAUUCUUGUGUGGUUUUCGGGUGGAUGACUAUACUUUCUGUGAGGCAACCGUCCUCAAAAUUGGACCUCUUUGGCUUCCUUUCCCUACCCAUCAGUUUUGCACCAUUUGAAUCACUGAUCUUUACUUCCAUUAUUGUACCACAAGCAAGUUUUCUUGGACAUCUAUCUGGAAUAAUUGUUGGAUAUGCUAUAGCUUGGGGUUUGAUUCAUGGAAUGAAUAACUUUUGGGCAAUUUCCAUGUUAGGAUGGGUUGUUCUUGUCUUUAUAUUUAGCUUGAAGAAAUCUAACACCUACAACUUCGAUUUUCUAGAGAUUGAAUCCGUAACGGACCCUUCCUUGCCAUCUGUUCGAUUUCUUUCAUCUGGUAAUGGUAGAACCUUGCAGAUGAAUGCAUUGCCAACCGGAGAUGUAGAGAUUGUAUGAAUUUUUAGGAGCUGUUUGUAUACUUAAAAUGUUUACAUUGAUAAUCAGCUAACCAUUCUUCUGCCAAAGAUAUAUUUGGUCUUUAAGAUGCUCUCAUGUCGGAGAUGAUCUGGUCAAGCUAUAGGGGGUUUUCUCUUGUUAUUCAUGUUGGUGACAAGACUAUUGGUAUGCAAUAUUACCAUUCAUUAGCAUUGAAUUGCACCGGAGAUAUCAGCUGUGAGGAAGAUGGUUCAGCCAAGAAGUAAUACUUGAAUGGAUUUGUCGAUCGCAUUUGUAUCAUAGAAGCUCAAAUUUCAUAUUUUUCUCUCUUUUCUUUGUAGUUUAGUCGAAGUGUUUUGUGGAUUAUUGUUUAACAUUUGAAGGCCCUGCCUACCAACAAGCUCCCAAAUUUAGAGUUUGUGAGGAUUUUUAAGAGUAAAGCUUUUAAUUGAAUUGUUUCA